AAGGGGAAAGGCGGAACUUCGCGAUUUAGAGACUUCCUGUUGGGAACUUUUCGCCGUGGAGUGGGCUUUGCACAUUCACACAGAGUACAGCUCAGAGGGUAUCGCGAGCGUACGGCGAUCCGUGUGCGCUUUGGUUCUGAUGCAGCCUCGGGAGAUCCAGAAAAGCAGCUUUAGUUUCUGAAUAUGCAGUCGCGACUUCCAAACUCCCAAGACGACUAACCGCGGGUAUACCGGUUUCAGAAUCUACAGCUCUUCAUCGUUGAUGAGUAGGGCCUAGUUACGGCCGCCGGAGACGUCCCUAGGAGCUGUCGUUAUUGCGUGCACAAGUAGGACUCUCGUAAGUCAACGUAGGCUGGCCGGGCCGGGAUCUGUCCGUUCUUGCACAGUUGGUGCACAGUUGCACGUCCGACUCCGGAAAACGGAAAACCCACGGAAGAUGUUAUUAUCGCGAAGCUCGCUUUGGGAAUGGUGUGUCAGGUAGAGUGCUGGUGUAGAUUAGACGGCGUACAAAGCCGAUCCGUGGCGUAGUACUGAUCGUUUGCAGAGCGAGGCUGAGACAGAUUAGGGUUUCGUUAUAGCAAGUCUCGAAGGAGGACACAAUGGCCACCAAGUCCAGCUCGCUAAUUCUGCUAAUAGGCACAGGUGUAGCUGCCACAGUAGUUCUGGGACCCGCCAAAGUCUCGGAGAUUCUACGCGAUCUUACCCAGGUACUAUCAAAGCAUCUGAAGACAAUAGAUGAUGGAUCCGAGAGCAGAAGGGAGCACUCGGAUGACGUCAACAUGGCAUUGAUCGACCAGGUUCAUAAGCUGAGCCUGCAGGUGCAGCAGCUCUCGACCAACUCUCGACCAAUCACAGUCGUCAACGCGCCGCCUCCUCAAGAAAGAGGGAGCGUUCUGGGAUAUGUGGUGCCGGUGGCAGUGAUUGGAGUGGCGGGCUAUGGCGUCAUGUGGUGGAAGGGCUGGCGAGUCACCGACUUGAUGUACGUGACUAAGAAGCGUAUGGACCAGGCAGUGAAGGCCAUGGCGGAGAAGGUGACAGAGCUGCAGUCAGCCCUCGACACUGCAAAGAAGCAGCUGGUGGGGCGGCUGGAGGGAGUGUCCAAGUCGGUAGCUGAGAGCCUUCACAUGCAGGCGAUCAUAAAGAAGGACGUGGGGGAGGUGAAGGGGGCGGUCAGCCUUGUGAGUCGCGACCUGGACAACGUGCAGGGGCUGGUGGAGGGCAUGGAUUCCAAGCUGGCGUCGCUAGAGCAGAAGCAGGACAUUGCGACUCGUGGCGUGCUGCUGCUGUGCAGCUUCGUGAGCAGAGGGUUGCAGGGCAACCCAGGCAACCAGGAGCUGCUGAAGGGCCUGGCAGACAUGUCACAGAUGGCCGUGCCACAGCUGGCCUCAGGCAAGGGCGCGGCGGGGGGAGCAGCAGUGGGGCUGUCGGGACUGAAGGAGCUCGAGUUCAUCUCGUCUGCGCUUGAGUCCUCCGUGCACCACACAGGUGCUGCUGCUGCUCGUUGUGGUGGUGGUGCUGGUGCUGUUGCUGGUGGUGUUGCUGGUGGUGUUGCUGGGGAUGCUGGUGGUGCUGCUAAUGCUGCCCUUUCGUCCUCGUCCUCCUCGUUUUUCCACAUGGCCCAUGGCCAUCACAUGCAAUCUGCCCUUGCCGCCCAUCCCAUCCACGUCACUGUGUCAGGCCCCAUGCCUCUCGAUCCUGCCCACGCCCACCAACCCUCUCGCCAAGCCUCCUACCAAGCCUCGGCGGCAGGCUUGGAACGCCAACCCUCCUCAUCAGCGGCGGCACCAGGGAUAACAUCCCGGCACUCGUUCGGAGCGGGAGGGGCGGCGGCAGCAGCAGCAGCUGCUGCAGCAAUUGCUGCAGUGACGGGCCGAUCGCGGGGGGUAAGCGCACCUGCACCAGGGGUAGGGGUGGGGGCAGGGCUAGGGGCAGGAGGAAGGGAAGAGGCGGCAGCAGGCGUGCAAGCAGCAGGUUUCCAAUCAGCAGCAGUGCAUGGCAUGCAUGCAGCAGCAGCGGAUGCAGCCAUGGGGCACAGUGUGAGGGAGGCUGAGGGCGCAGUGCUGAGGCGAGGAGUGGUGAUUGAAGAGGUGUCGGACGGCUUUGGCUCUGCUGCUGCUGCUGCUGGUGCUGCUGCUGCUGCUGGUGGGGUGGUGGGGCGCGGAAGGGAGGGAUACGGGCAGCCGCUUUCAGCCAAUGGCGUGUCGCCACCUCGUGCCCGUGCUGGCAUUGGUGCUGCUGCUCCAGCAGCGGCUGUUGGAGGGCCUGGGGGCUAUUCAAGGAAGCUGAGGCAUGCCCGAUUUGGAGACUGAAGGGCCUGCCAUCACGGUGAAUGGCAACCAUGUUUUUGGCUCGAACGUGAAUCUCAGUAUACAAACAAUCUACUGCCUCCCUAUGAGUUUGGCACUUUUGUCCUAUUCUUGCCAUGUGCUAUGCCCAUGGUAUUCCUUUAUGGCCCAUAUACCAGAAUGUUUCCUUCUCAAUGCCGAUACAAAAGAUGGUG